GCAGAUUGGGAGGCGGCGGCGCUCGGCCGCGAUGCUCCUUACUUUCGGCUCCAGCUCCCGCCGCCGCCGCCGCCUCCUGGAUCGCCACCGCCACCUCCUCCUCCUCCUCCUCCUCCUCUGCCUCGUAGCGUUCUUUUCUGCGGCGGAGGAGAGAAGUGCUAUGUCAGGAAAGUUCCGGGAGGGACUGUGUGGGGCCAUGCUCCCUGGGCUCCUGUGCAGGCGCCCGCGCGCAGCUCUUUGUAUGAGGCAAAAGGACUCCUGUGGAAGAUGGAGCUCUUUGUCCAAGCCCAUCCAUGAACCAUGAUACUGCUGCUCUGUGUUGAAAUUCUUGAAGAACCCCCACAUGUCGGCUGCCGCCUUCCAUCCUACUGAAACCAUGGUCUUCUCUGCAGUGCUGACUGCGUCCCAUACUGGGGCAACCAACACAACGUUCGUAGUCUUUGAAAACAUGUACAUGAAUAUUACAGCCCCUCCACCAUUCCAGCAUCCCGACAUCAGUCCGCUGCUUAGAUACAGUUUCGAAACCCUGGCUCCCACUGGGAUGAAUUCCUUGACAGUGAAUAGCACAGCUGUGCCCCCAACACCAGCAGUUUUUAAGAGCCUAAACUUGCCUCUCCAGAUCAUCCUUUCUGCUAUUAUGAUAUUUAUUCUGUUCGUGUCUUUUCUUGGGAACUUGGUCGUUUGCCUCAUGGUUUACCAAAAAGCUGCCAUGCGAUCUGCCAUUAACAUCCUCCUGGCCAGCCUGGCGUUUGCAGACAUGUCGCUUACAGUGCUCAACAUGCCCUUUGCCUUGGUAACUAUUCUUACUACCAGAUGGAUUUUCGGGAAAUUCUUCUGUAGGGUAUCUGCUAUGUUUUUCUGGUUGUUCGUGAUAGAGGGAGUGGCCAUCCUGCUCAUCAUUAGCAUUGAUAGAUUCCUUAUUAUAGUCCAGAGGCAGGAUAAGCUAAAUCCAUAUAGGGCUAAGGUUCUAAUUGCAGUUUCCUGGGCGACUUCCUUUUGUAUAGCUUUUCCUCUGGCUGUAGGAAACCCUGACCUGCAGAUACCUUCCAGAGCGCCUCAGUGCGUGUUUGGGUACACAACCAAUCCGGGUUACCAGGCUUACGUGAUUUUGAUUUCUCUCAUUUCUUUCUUCAUACCCUUCCUGGUGAUACUGUAUUCGUUUAUGGGCAUCCUCAACACUCUUCGGCACAACGCCUUGAGGAUCCAUAGCUACCCUGAGGGUAUAUGCCUCAGCCAGGCCAGCAAACUGGGUCUCAUGAGUCUUCAGAGACCCUUCCAGAUGAGCAUUGACAUGGGCUUUAAAACGCGUGCCUUCACCACCAUCUUGAUUCUCUUUGCUGUCUUCAUCGUCUGCUGGGCCCCCUUCACCACUUACAGCCUUGUGGCAACGUUCAGUGAACACUUUUACUAUAAGCACAACUUUUUUGAGAUUAGCACCUGGCUGCUCUGGCUCUGCUACCUCAAGUCUGCCUUGAACCCACUGAUUUACUACUGGAGGAUUAAGAAAUUCCACGACGCCUGCCUGGACAUGAUGCCCAAGUCCUUCAAGUUUUUGCCACGGCUCCCUGGUCACACAAGACGCCGGAUCCGCCCCAGUGCUGUCUACGUGUGUGGGGAACAUCGGACUGUGGUGUGACUGUUGGAACCGCCUGACAUUUGGGGUGAUGGUUGUUCUGUAUUUGACUGAAGUCUUCUUUCACGUGGCUUUUCCACGUGUACUUUACUGUUUUUUUAUAGGGUUUGUGUGUAGGUGUGUGUGUGUGGUGUAAAGAAAGAAUGGUGGUUAGUUGUAAUUCUGUUACCAAGGAUACACAAUAGGGAAGUGAUCACAAAUGUUACCUCCAGGGUUCAAGAGAAAUCUUCGCUUUAGGAUGGGGAGAUGGUUUUUUGUUUCUCUGAUUGAUUUUGUUUUUGAGGUAGAAAUCAGGAUUGUGCUUUACUGAGCCUGCAGUUGCGUUGAAUUGUAGGUGUUUUGUAUGCUGCUAAGGAAUGCUUAGUUUAUCAGUUCUCUUUUUCUGGAAGACACUGCUGCUUUUUGCCAUUACAUUGGAGCCAAAAACCA